AUGGCUACCCAUCAAAAGAGUAGUGAUGAUAACCCGAACCUUUCCUACCUUUCCUACCUUUACUCUAUCUUGAAAAGAGCCCAAGAAAAUGAUUGUGCGGUUACGACAUAUCAACUAACCAUAGCCAAGUUUCGCCUUAGAUAUAGCAACACUAUAUCUCAGAUCAGGAUUGAACCUGGUGCUGAACUCGACAUCUCGUCCAUAAAGCCACCCAAAAACACCCCACGGUUCCUACUCUCGCAACUGGAAGCACAGGAGCUCGCUGACCUCGAUAGCAUCCCUGUUCCGAUAUCAGCAGCCCUUCUUGUUUCUUGCGAGUUCUUGACCAAAGACUUUGCUGGGACCGACACGCCCCCGUUUCUCACCCUUUUCCAAUACUACCAUCCAAAGCACUACCGCACCUAUUACCUCUUCGCGUAUCACAACCGCUCAAUGGAGUCCCGAACUUACACCGUCCAAGAGCUUCUCCAGCUCAGAGAUACCAUUUCUCAUGCCACGCUGAACAAGCUCAAGGCGAACCACGAAGUUGCGGACCUUAUCAAGGAUAAAGCCAAGAUGACAUCGACCCAGAACCGGGUCCAGAAUCGACACCUUGAGAAGGUUAAUGGGGAUGCCUCUUCUUCUGCUGAAGAGAGCGACGAGAUCCUUUUCAAAGGAAAGAAUAAGCCCCGGGGUGAGUGGCGAUACCGAGGACGCGCAGGAUCCGAAGCCGUUUCGAACGAACCAAUCGGCGCUCCUGCAGGGAAAGAGGCCCAGAAAGCCGAGGGAUUCCAGAGGUUUUUCAAGGCUGUAGUCUCUCCUACCCAUGUUCGAGUUACCGCCGGUGGUAGGAUUGUACCCAACAACCGUGGCUCCGUAUCCCCUAGCGCCAAGUGGGAUAAAGAGCACGGAACAAAUGGUGCAUCGGAGUCUCUGGCAUCACCCAGAGACGAGAAGCUUGACGUUAGAAAUAGCACCACUGCCCAGUUGUCUCACCCAUUGAUCUCGCCAUCGUUACCUGGCGGUCAUAGCCUGUUUCCCCAUAUGGGGUUGUCCAUGCCUAUAUUCACCGUUCCUCACGGAAUUCCCAUGGCCUACGGCCUACCGAUACCUCAUCUUGCUCAUCCCGCAAUGACAUUAUCGGCACCCAUGAAGAGCGAAAAGCAUACCGAGGAGCAAGAGAGAGAUGUCGUCAAGACCCAAGAUGGUGCCGGUGAUAAGAAGCCGAAACCUGCGCCCAUUAAGAUCAUGCCCCGAGACCAAUCCGACAUGAAUCGGCCGUUCUAUAGCAAUGGCAAUGUUAUUUACCCAGCCCCGUAUGGGCCAGCGCAUGGCCAAAUGCCAAUGAUGCUUCCAAGCCCGUACUUCCCACAUGGCAUGGUUGGAACUCCGGCCCUUAUAAGCCCUCAUUCAGGAUCUGCAGGCCAUCAACCCACUGCUAUGCCUCUGUAUGGCCCCGCAACUGUUCCUCAGUCGCACUUAUACGCGCCCCAUAGUGCGGGCAGUGACUCCAGGCCACCACAGCCUCCCGCCGCCCUCAAGCAAGGUGUUCCGCCUCAUAUUACAUCGAUCCGACCUAGCGAAAUCACAAAGCGCCAGCUUGAUUCACUUCGAACUUCUCUCAAGUACUACGAGGAUCAAUUGCAGUACAAUAAACACCAGAUCGAUGAGAAGUUCACCUUAGAACAGGCAGAAAAGGUCAGACAGAGUGUGCAACAUUUCGAGCACAACUACAGAAUGCAAUUGAACUUCGAGGCCAUACAUUAUCCACAGAUCCCCCCGAGCUCGGCAGGUUCAACUCAGCGUGGAACAUUUUGGAAGGCCGCGUCACAGCCUUCUAGUAUCAGAAGCCGCCGAGCAGCCAAUGCUUCUCAGAGUAGCUCCGUUAGUGGCCGAAAUGUGAACCUUUUCAAGGCUUCGUCCGACCAAAGCACCGCAAGACAUGGUGGUAAUCGUGGCCUAAAAGGAGUUGGGAUCAAUGCCAGUAAAGAAGGUCAGGGGCCGUUCGCAAUAGAUCCUGCGCUAGAAUUACUCAUACAAGCAAACAUGAAGAAUGGGUAUGGGCUUGAUGAAUCGAUGAAGAACACUGCUUCAUCCACUGAUAAUUCUGUGGCACCGCAACUGAAUGCUGGAAUCUCACCAAUGUACACACCUCAGUCCGGAGAGUUUCAUCCGGGAGUACAGGCAGGGUUUUCCGGAUAUGAUGUCAACGGAUGGCAAUCAGCUGGCAUGCCACGUUUUGACCAGCAAGGUACCUGGAAUAGUGUUCAAGCUGCUAGCACGUAUCCGGCCAACGGCGCCGUGGCAGCGAACACCCAACCGCCAACGACGAGCUUCGUUCAUAACAGCUACGGUCAACCGUACCUUAUUGGAACAUUGCCUCGAGGGGUUAGUGCCUACCAUGCCCGUGCGAAGGAUUAUGUCUACUCGCGAGAGCUAACCGACGCGGAGAAGGAGGCUCGCAGUAACUACUGGGGUCGUGUUCCCAACGUGGGAUUGGGUUUGCCUAAGUUCGACGGCAAGGACUUUUACCCACCCUCUCCUGUCAAAGCCAAGAGAGGUACCGAUGAUUUAUCGCAGUCCAGCGCGCGACACGCCUUGAGCUCUGGUGGAGCUGUCGUUGACUACCAUAUUCAUGCCCGGCCGGCCGAGAACGACCCCUUCCAGGUCAGUCGCGAGCCUCAGUCCAUCCGAUCGCAAGAAAAAGGCCAGAGAUAUAGCAAGGCGAUACCAAUCGUGGCACCUAACGAUGUCAGCCGAGGAAAUGUAUCCAAGAUAACAAACCGUUCUCCGCCAGCAUCGGUGGAUGAUAGCAGCACCGCAGGCCUUAGCAAACAGAUGAGCGGUAUGAAGGUCUCAUCACCGACCAAGUUGCCCGGAUAUCUAGUAGCGGAGCAAGUCGAGGACUUAGACAACCGACGGGCUUUAGAUCGAUCUAGUACCAAGUCCAGCCGUGAACUAUGGCAGACCAUGUUCAAGAAGGGAUCUGCCAGUGGAUCCGCACUCCCCGGUGCCGUCUCCUCCACCACUGCUACGGGAUAUCUGCCACCAUACCAUGGACACGCGGCUGCAUCCCUUGGACCAGCUAUAUCCAACGUGAGCAAUAGUUCCCCACGUGGCUCACCUGAAGCUGGAGACAAGCCAGUGGAGAACGACAGUCUUCAGGUACCAACAGAGAAGGUUGAUGAGAAUUGCCCGCCGAAUGAGACUCGCUCGGCCGACUAUGAUCCCGUAAAGGAUGUACACGAGCGUAUGCUUCGCGACGCGGAACGACGAGGAGUAAUUGGCUCGGAGUGGUGA